AGGAGAAGCCCCAAAGCCGCCAGCGCAGAGCCGCGGUCAUGGGCAGCCACUCCGCCGUGCUGCUGGCGCUCGCCCUCUGCGCCCUGCUGGAAGCCGGUCUGGGCCAUCCCCCGCCCGAGUCGCACCUGGCCGCGCGGCCGAGGAGCAAGCGAUGUUCCUGCAACAGCUGGCUGGAUAAGGAAUGCAUCUACUUCUGUCACCUGGACAUCAUCUGGGUCAACACACCUGGGCACACCGCUCCCUACGGCUUGGGCAGCCCGCCAAGGCGGCGCAAGAGGUCCGCGGGCAGGUGCGAGUGCUCGCACUCCAGGGACAGCAUCUGUGCCACCUUCUGCCAGGGCAGGCCUGGGUACCUCCAGAGUCUGAAGCUCCCCGUGAGCUCUGGAGCAUCAGCGAAGUCUCUGCAGAGCGGUGCCACGAGGCCUCCCCAUCAUGGGCUGCUGAGAGCUCUCAGGGACCUCAGGGUCUCCAGCCCACGCUCCGGCAAACGACAGCAGCGCUCCCGGCGGGACACACAGCCACCAGCUCUGCCUUGGGAAAAAAACAUCUGGAAGAAGAAGAGAUAAGAGACAGGUGCACACCAAGCUCACCAGAAGAAUUUGGAGUCCCGUGGGUGCCACCAGCUCUGCUGUCGGUUGUUAGAGCUGAAGGGAAGGCCGUGAGUGGAAGGGAAGGAAGUGGAAGUCUCCGUGUUCCUGCUGCAUGAACCAGCGCUCAAGGGACUGCUGCAAAGGGAAAAACUGUCUCUCCAUCCAGCCAGAGAAGUGUCCUGGAGCUGAAUUGUGCCCUUUUGGAUCAGGCAAGGGUCGUGCUGGAGCAGCACUGGCCGGACUGUGCCCUGGAGCCCUCGGCAGGGGCUCAGCCCACGCACGGCGGGGGUGAAUCACAGCCAGGGGCUCUGGGCAGGGCUGGACCAGGCAGCACCGAGCCCAACACUGCCCUGGGCUGCUCUGCCUGGAGCUGUCUGAGCCUGGGCCCAUCCAGAGGGGUUUGGCUGCUCACUGUAGUCAGGGAUGAGCUGUCUCCAGCCCAAGCCCACCUUUGCACUAUUUUCUCUUGUCAGUCAGUGCCCAUGGACGAGGCUCCCGUGGUGGAACAGCUCCCAGUUUGUAUUAAAGUUUAUUUCAUCAUCUUCUGGAGCCAGCUGAGCAGUCAGGGCACUCACUGGCUGAGAAAUCUCUGGGGUGGAUUCCCACUGAGGCCCUGGCUGUGGUUGAGGUGCAGGAUCAGUUACCCCAGGGAUGGCACCAAACCCAGGUGGGGCUGGGCUUAGGAGCCCCCAGCCCCCACAGCCAGGGGAGGGUGAGCAGAGCCCUGGGGUGGGUCAGCGACCCCAUCUCAUCUCCUUGGACAUACCCUCAGUGAGGACUUCCAGCUCCUGAACAUCCCAACCUUCUCCCAGCUCUGCCCGGAGGGAAGGGCUGGGGCAGGGGGAGGGGUGGUGGGCAGAGGGCACGCAAAGCCUGGCUUGCUGCCUGGCUUAGGUCAGCUCUGAGACGGGCUCUGGACAGUGAAUGAGCAGUCAGGGCUAGCAGGCCACCGUGGGAAGGGCAGUGCAGCAGGUGAGGGGCAGCCAGGUAGGAGUGAUGAGGAGGGAAGGAACAGGGGCUGGAACUGGCUGAUCUCUAAGGUCCCUUCCAACCCAAACCCCUGUGAUUCUGUAAGGGAGCACAGCCCUGCCUGAGCUUAGGCUCAGGCUUAAACCCAGAUCUGCUGGCCCAGGGGAGAGAAGGAAAAGUUUGGGAAAAACACUGAGCCCAGAGCCUAGAAACCAACCUUGAAAGAAAGAAACCAACCUUGCAGGCAAAGGCAGCCCCAGGGCUCCGGAGCUGUGUCACAAAUGCACUUUUGUUUGCCUGGGCAGGCUGAGCUCUGCGGGAAGCCAGGGCUGUCACCUGGGCAGGGCAGGUAAAGAGCUGCUCUCCACUGCUGGGUCCCUCUGCUGCCCACGCCAGGAUUGCACAGGAGCUUUGGAAAGGCUGCUUGAAGUUGGUGGUGGACCAAAAUCUGAGUCUGUGGCUGUUGCAAGUGUAGUCCCGGUGGACAAGAAAAAGAAUUCCUUGAUUUUGCCUUAAGCCCCAGAGAGGGGAAAAAUAAGACCAAUUGAUUGUAUUGUGGAUGAAACAGCAGAUUAAUCAUUUGGUCCCCAAAGCUGCAGAGAAUGUUUUAAUCUUUGACCUUCUGAAGGUUGGAGUCACUCUAAAAAACCAAAAGAAGAAAAUCCUGACAGGGUUUGUUCCAGAGGAAAUUUUGCACAUGGUUUAAUGUGAGUAAUUUAAAAUAGAACUACUUCUGUAAAGUACUCUGUCAAUGUCCUCGUGUGUGUAAUGUCCCAUCCUUAAGUGACUUACUGCACACCUGCCAUAUGUAGCAUCCUGAAAUCUGUAUAUUUAUUUAAAUCUAUUGAUUUUUUUUAGACAGUAAUGUUCAAGAUAUAAUUUGUAAUAAAUAAUGACAACAGUC